UAUAUUAUAUUAUAUUAUAUUAUAUUAUAUUAUAUUACUGAUGAAAGUGAAUGCGAUUCAAUUUAAUUUGGAAGGCAUAAGCCGGAAGCAGUUAUCAGACACAGGAAACGGCCGAGGCAGGAAACUCUCUGUGGACUGUGCUGAUUGAGCCAGAGUUCCUGUUUGCUUUAGGCCACCAUGUCACGCGCACGUCAACCACCACUGGUUACGGGCAUCUCGCCCAAAGAGGGUGCAGCUUGGACCAAAGUCACCAUUCGUGGAGAAAACCUGGGCACGGGCCCAGCUGACCUUGCCGGUCUGUCGAUCUGUGGCCACAACUGCAUGUUGACAGCCGAGUGGAUGUCAGCCAGCAAAAUAGUGUGCCGCGUGGGUCCUGCCAAAGAUGACAAAGGAGAGAUCAUCGUCACCACCAAGUCUGGAGGCCUCGGCACCUCCACGGUCUCAUUCAAACUGCUCAAGCCGGAGAAGAUUGGUAUCCUGGACCAGUCUGCAGUGUGGGUGGAUGAGAUGAACUUCUAUGACAUGAGGAUGGACCGCAACAAAGGAAUCUCCCCUCUUUCUUUGCGUCCCAGCAAUCCAUUGGGCAUCGACAUAGACAAAGGCAAAAUCCCACAGAAAGACAUAGAGCUGAUAUUUCCAGGAAUGAGUGCAGACUUCACCAGUGAAAACUUUUCUGCCACUUGGUAUCUCAUAGAAAACCAUGCAGGCUCCAGUUUUGAGCAUCUGAAGAUUGCAGCAAAUAACCUGAAGAAGCAGGCCACGAAGAAGAACGAGGGAAGUCUGGCCUAUGUGAAAGGAGGCCUGAGUACGUUCUUUGAGGCCCAAGACGCUCUGGCAGCUAUCCACCAGAGGCUGGAAUCUGAUGGCACAGAGAAAGUGGAAGGAUCAAUGACCCAGCGACUAGAAAACAUCCUUAACAGAGCGAGUGAUACCGCAGAUACGCUCUUCCAGGAGGUCUUGGGACGGAAAGACAAAGCUGACUCCACACGCAAUGCACUCAACGUCCUGCAACGUUUCAAGUUUCUCUUUAACCUGCCACUCAACAUUGAACGCAAUAUCCAGAAGGGAGAUUAUGAUGUGGUGAUCAAUGACUACGAGAAAGCCAAAUCCCUUUUUGGGAAUACUGAAGUUCCAGUUUUCAAGAAAGUUUACGCUGAGGUUGAGACGAGGAUCGGCGCUCUGAGGAGUCUGUUGUUGGAGAAGCUGCUGCAGACACCGUCAACGCUUCACGACCAGAAAAGAUACAUCAGGUAUCUGUCUGACCUGCAUGCUCCAGGUGACCCGGCAUGGCAGUGUAUCGACGCACAGCACAAGUGGAUCCUACAGCUAAUGCAAAACUGCAGAGAUGAGUUCAUCAGCGGUCAAAGAGUGAGUGUUGGAGCUCUGGACCUGGAGGAAACCCGUUCGUCAGCCCUCGGCAGGAUCAGCCACGCUGCGUCUCUGAAGCGAGGGGGCAGUCUACGAUCACCGCAACCCAGCACUUCUCGCUUCGAAACCCCACAGCAGGUUCAGUUUGUGGAGAAGCUUUCCGACGUGGUGAUUGGUCAGCUGCCCAACUUCUGGAAGCUUUGGAUCUCUUAUGUUAAUGGAAGUCUUUUUAGUGAGACUGGAGAGAAAUCCGGCCAGGUGGAAAAAUCCAAGAAGAACGCCCGACAGAGACAGAAUGACUUUAAAAAAAUGAUAGAGGAGCUCACCAGUCGACUUGUGAAGCUGGUUCGGGGUGCUUUCCUUCCUGCCACUCUGCCACAAGGGGACCUGAGGGUUUAUGGAGGCUGGGAAAAUAAGACGGAGCUGACAGGAGCCUGGCUUACACAAAUCAUACACACUGUCAGGGGCUGUCACGAGGCUCUGUCUGCUCUUGAGAUCCCAAAUGAUUUGCUGCAGGUGAUCCAGGACCUACUGCUGGAUUUGAGAGUUCACUGCCUCAUGGUGACUCUGAUGCAUACAGCAGAAGAUGUGAAGAGUUUGGCUGAAAAGGAAGACUGGGUGGUAGAUAAUGAGGGAAUCACCAGUCUGCCUUCCCACUUUGAACAGUGCAUGGUCCAGAUGCUUCAGUCACUCAAAGAGCCCAUGGAAAUCAAAGUUGGAGAAAUCAAUGUGCUGCAGUUAGACCAGGUCCAGGAUCAAGCUGCAGAGCUCAGCGUGAGCAUCAUGAAGGUUUUUAUAAACUGUUUGGAUCAGCUAAGCAUGAAGUCAGAUGGAGAUAUUGAUGCAUCCCUCAACAUUUCAAUGGAGCUGUCUUCCCCUGACCGGUUUGCAUGCAUCCCGGAGGGCUUCAGGCCAACAUCUGUAAGCACUGAGCAGCGUCUGCUGAUCAUCCUCAGUAACUGCCAUUACUUGGAGAGACGCACCUUCCUGAACCUGGCUGAUCAUUUUGAGAAGCACGGCCUAACAGGGACGGAGAAGAUCACUCGGGUGAGUGUGGACGCUGUACGUGAGCUGGACAGGAAACUCUUUGAAGCCUACAUCGAGAGACGAGCUGACCCUAUCGCAGGCUCCCUGGAACCCGGCAUCUACGCUGGAUAUUUUGACUGGAGAGACUGCCAGACACCUACAGGUGUGAGGAACUACCUGAAGGAAGCUCUUGUGAACAUUAUCACAGUUCAUGCUGAGGUCUUCACAGUAUCAAAGGAUCUGGUUCCUCGGGUUUUGUCUAGAAUUGUUGAAUCGGUUGCAGACGAGAUGUGUCGCCUUAUGCAGUGCGUGUCCUCCUUCAGCAGAAAUGGUGCCUUACAGGCUCGACUUGAACUCUGCGCUCUCAGAGACGCUGUAGCCACAUACCUAAACCCCAACAGCAAUGCCAGCUUCAAACUGGCUCUAGACUCUCUGCCUCAGUUGCACAGCGGAGGCGACAAGAAGUUAGUAGAAGAGCUGCUGAAUAAGUUUAAGAGCAGCAUGCAGCUCCAGCUCACCUGCUUCCAGCCUUCCAACAUCCAGCCUGUCAAGAGAUAAUCUAAAUCCACUUUGUCCACCACUACACUGCAACGCCAUUGCUCCUAAUCUAUGUGCAAUCAGUUAAUUAACUUGAACAUUAUCGUUUUAACUCUCACUUGAUUAUUUACUCAUCUUUGCUCAUUGUUACUUUCAAUUUCUGCUUCACCAGAUGAACACAAAUAUCUGUAUAUCUAAUCCUGAAGCACUAAAUGAGUCAAUUUCAUUGUUACUGUGCAGGACA